UCUGGGCGGGGGGCGCCCGGCGGGGGCGGGGCCGCCGGAGGAGGCGUUGGCAGCCGGCUGGGACCCACGCGGCGCCGCGGCCCGCCUGGCCUGCAGGCUCCUACCCCUCAGCGGCGGCGGCACGAUGCCCUUUGACUUCAGGAGGUUUGACAUCUACAGGAAGGUGCCCAAGGACCUCACGCAGCCGACGUACACCGGGGCCAUUAUCUCUAUCUGCUGCUGCCUCUUCAUCCUCUUCCUCUUCCUCUCAGAGCUCACCGGAUUCAUCACCACAGAAGUUGUGAAUGAGCUGUACGUCGAUGACCCGGACAAGGACAGCGGGGGCAAAAUCGACGUCAGCCUGAACAUCAGUUUGCCCAACCUGCACUGUGAAUUGGUCGGGCUCGACAUCCAGGAUGAGAUGGGCAGGCACGAGGUGGGGCACAUCGACAACUCCAUGAAGGUCCCGCUGAACAACGGGGCGGGCUGCCGCUUCGAGGGCCAGUUCAGCAUCAACAAGGUCCCGGGCAACUUCCAUGUGUCCACACACAGUGCCACGGCCCAGCCUCAGAACCCGGACAUGACCCACGUCAUCCACAAGCUCUCCUUUGGGGACACGCUACAGGUCCAGAAUGUCCAUGGAGCGUUCAAUGCCCUCGGGGGAGCGGACAGACUCACCUCCAACCCCCUCGCCUCCCAUGACUACAUCUUGAAGAUCGUGCCCACGGUUUACGAAGACAAGAAUGGCAAGCAGCGGUACUCUUACCAGUACACUGUGGCCAAUAAGGAGUAUGUGGCCUACAGCCACACGGGCCGCAUCAUCCCUGCCAUCUGGUUCCGAUACGACCUCAGCCCCAUCACGGUCAAGUACACAGAGAGACGGCAGCCUCUGUACAGGUUCAUCACCACGAUCUGUGCCAUCAUUGGCGGGACCUUCACCGUUGCCGGCAUUCUGGACUCGUGUAUCUUCACAGCCUCGGAGGCCUGGAAGAAGAUCCAGCUGGGCAAGAUGCAUUGACCACCUGCCCGGCCCCGUGGCCGAGGGCCCAGGGAGCCCGCCUGCGCUGCCUCCCGCACAGCACCCUGUCUCCUCCUGCCCUCUGUCUGGUUCAGGAUCUGGCUGCAUCCCAAAGUGGGGGUAGGGAGAGGGAGGGGCGGCUCGCAGUUUCGCAGCUACCUCGAUUCCCCAUGUUUAAUUUGAGAUGAGUUACACUGCCUGAAGUUGUGGUCCCCCUUCCCCUGGGGAGCGCCAAGACCAGCGUCUGGCAAGGGGUGCUUGGGGAUAUUGGGGACCACUCCUGGGAGGGCUAUAGUCCCUUCUCUUCUGUGGGACCAGCCCAGAAUCCACAUGGACCAGUUCUCAGCCAGGCUUUGACAAUCUCGCAGCCUCUACCAUUGGGACACACUAAUUCCCUCCCCCCGGCCCCUACCCUGGGCAGCCAACCCGCAGACCUGGACUCUCGGCCCUGGACCAAGCUGCCUAAAGGUACCCCCCCCCCCCCGGACACCUGGCGCCUUCAACAAAGGAUGGUACUUCCCAGGCAAGGCCCUGGGAUGUGGGACUCCAGGUGAAAUCUCGCUCUGCCCCCUGCUUUCCUGCCUGACCCGGAGCCCAGGCCUCCACUCCCUGCUUUCUUUUUCUCCCAAGAAGCAGAUGCCCAGUUGUUGGUCACUGCGCAGGUGGCGAGGUCCCCUUCCUCAGUUUACUUUGUUCCUCUGAACUGCCCCGCCGCCACCGCCCCGCCAAUGUGCCUCAGCCCCUGCACUACCGUGUGACAGCAGUGCCUCUUGUGACUGGGAAGGCACCCUUUGAGAACCAGACAGGGUUUGGGCACUUAAGUCCACGUGGGCAGCAUCUUUCUCUGCAACCCUGAACUAAUCAUGUCUCGGCCUCUCCCAGCCGGUGACCAUCCGUCCCGAGGCCUUAGGUGGGGGAAGCAAAGCACCCCACCUUCCCCCAUCUGGACUUCACCUUCCGGGCUCCCCUGUGCUCCCCGCCAUCCUUCCCCUUCGGUCCUGAGAGGGAGGGGCAGUGGCCCAGGCCCACUUGGACCCAGGGAAUUUGAGGUAUGCCCCAGGAGAGAGCCGCUGCCUGUUUUCCAUUUAUAUCAAGAUUGUUUGCAUACUUUUGUAAUUAAGGGGAGUGUCCAGGAGGGGUUCUGACGUAUCUAUAUAGAUAGCUUAAGUCUCUGCCAUUUGUAAUUUUUGGCUCUGGAUUCCAAGCGGAAGAGCUUGCCCGUUUGCCUAGGAGGUGACUGAUGUAUGCGUAACCGCAUUUGGUUAUUUCUGGUGUCUGUGGCCACUUAGAUGGAUUUUUAAAAAAAUUUUUUUACGUCUGUUCCCCAGUUAUGAAAGAAGAGUCCCUUCCGAGGGUGGGCGGGGUAGGGCGGGGAAAUGUGUGGGGUGCACAGGAAUGGAAAACCCACUUCUAUGCAUUUUUAAAAAACAAACUCGUAAGGGCAUGGGGAAUGUCAGUUUCCUAUGGAAGAGACACCCCCAAGCCAAUAUUCUUAUCGACAAAGCCUCAAGGGAAAAACAUGUUUUAGUUCUUUCCCCACUCAUUGGGUUCUAAGAGAUUAAACGGCUGAUUUUCAGAA